CUGCUGCUCUUUGGGAAGAGGAAAGCUGUGGCUCCUUCCUGCGUCCCGGGGUCGUGGUGAGAAGUACUUCUGAAGAGUGGCCCAAGCUCCUAGUUUUGUGGAGCCUCUUCACACGGAGCAUCCUUUGGCCGGUCGACCAGGAACUCUGGUUUGUUGUUGGGUCCCUCCCAUCUCGCCCGCCCCUCCCCCCACCUGUGUGCUCCCUCCUCAGAGGUGCCUGAUGCCACCUACCCCUGGCUGCUCGAACUGCGGGCCAGGCAAGACCCAAACAGUACCGGGCAUCACAGUUUGGCGACACCUGCCCGACUGGGUUGGCGCCCUGCCCGUGUGCCUUUCGCUGGCAGUUUCACGGUGAAGGACCCUCUCCACGCUUUACUUGGUUCUAUAACGCGCCUACCGAGUGGUGGCAUUGCUUCCCCUGGUCCGGCUGCCUUGGGGGCGGGGUUUAGAGAAUCCGCGGAGCCACCCAAAGAACCAUUGGGUCCGCGCACAUCUGGGAGCACCGGUGGGCAGGCGAGCAGGCGAGCUAAUAGCCACAACCCAGCAGUAGGUAGAGUGCCUCGGUGCUGAAGUAAAAUUCCCUGGAAACGCCCAGGCUGCGCCUCCUCUUCUGCCCUGGCUCAGUUCUCUAUUGACUUGAGAGGGCACAUUGGUGUGAAUUCCUCCCUAGGAGCCACUGUUAGUGCCUGGACAGAGUGGCUACCCUCCUAACUGGGUACCCUCCUACCUGGGGGGCUGCAUCUUGAGCCUCCAUAGCUGUUCCCAUGUCUCUUCGUAUGCCAGGAAUUGUACUCCAGACUCAGAACUGGGAUGUUUGUUUUUGCCUUAUCCAAGUUUCUCAGCACGUAUGUUGAUAGUUGGAUUCCUGGGCCAAUCAAGAUUCAAGUUCAAAGUGGUGCUCCUGGGCUCUUCAUCACAGUCUUCAAGUUGAAUUGGGUAUAGAAGAAAAGAGUCGACUUGACAGAGUCCACUGAAUUGUUCCUUGGACUCCAGUGACCACACACGGCUGUGUUGGGGAUGGGCGGGGAAGUGCACUGAACAGCAGACCACAACAAUCAGAAACCUUACAAUGGAUAGAGUUUAUGAAAUUCCUGAGGAACCAAAUGUGGAUCCAGUUUCCACGCUGGAGGAAGAUGUCAUACGUGGGCCCAACCCCCGCUUUACCUUUCCAUUUGGAAUCCUUUUUUCCACCUUUUUGUACUGUGGUGAAGCUGCAUCUGCCUUAUACCUGGUGAGAAUUUAUCGAAAGAACAAUGAAACCUUCUGGAUGACAUACACCUUUUCCUUCUUUAUGUUUUCAUCCAUUAUGGUCCAGUUGACCCUCAUUUUUGUCCACAGAGACCUGGCCAAAGAUAAGCCACUCUCAUUGUUUAUGCACCUAAUCCUCUUGGGACCUGUUAUUAGAUGUUUGGAGGCCAUGAUUAAGUACCUCACACUGUGGAAGAAAGAGGGACAGGAGGAGCCCUAUGUCAGCCUGACCCGAAAGAAGAUGCUAAUAGAUGGCCAGGAGGUACUGAUAGAAUGGGAGGUGGGCCACUCCAUCCGGACCCUGGCUAUGCACCGCAAUGCCUACAAACGUAUGUCACAGAUCCAAGCCUUCCUGGGCUCAGUGCCUCAGUUGACCUAUCAGCUCUAUGUGACCCUGAUCUCUGCAGAGGUCCUCCUGGGUAGAGCUGUGCUAAUGGUCUUUUCCCUGAUAUCUGUUACCUAUGGGGCUACCCUCUGCAAUAUGUUGGCUAUCCAGAUCAAGUAUGAUGACUACAAGAUUCGCCUUGGGCCAUUGGAAGUGCUUUGCAUCACCAUCUGGAGGACGCUGGAGAUUACUUCCCGCCUUGUGAUUCUGGUGCUCUUCUCAGCCACCUUGAAGUUGAAGGCUGUGCCCUUCUUAGUUCUCAACUUCCUGAUCAUCCUCUUUGAGCCUUGGGUUAAGUUCUGGAGGAGUGGUGCCCAGAUGCCCAACAAUAUUGAGAAAAAUUUUAGCCGAGUUGGCACACUGGUGGUACUAAUUUCAGUCACCAUCCUCUAUGCUGGAAUCAACUUCUCUUGCUGGUCAGCCUUACAGUUGAGGUUGGCAGACAGAGAUCUUGUUGACAAAGGGCAGAACUGGGGACAUAUGGGCCUGCACUAUAGUGUGAGGUUGGUAGAGAAUGUGAUCAUGGUCUUGGUUUUUAAGUUUUUCGGAGUCAAAGUGUUACUGAAUUACUGCCAUUCCUUGAUUGCUUUGCAGCUCAUUAUUGCUUACAUAAUUUCCAUUGGCUUCAUGCUUCUUUUCUUUCAGUACUUGCAUCCACUGCGCUCCCUCUUCACUCAUAAUGUAGUGGACUAUCUUCACUGUGUCUGCUGCCACCAGCACCAGGCAAGGGCUGGUGACUCAGAGCCAUCCCUUGAAAAUGAAACAAGACAAAGCAUUGUCUGAAUUUACCUUCAGUAUAUUAUAGGAUAGCCCAGGAAUUGCCAAAGGCCAGUGUGAAAUUGAAGGACAGGGCAGGACUCCUGGGGAAAUACUACCCAGAAAGUUUUCUGGGGUUCUCUCAUAAGCCUAGCAGGAGAAAAAGUGACUUGCACAUAAGUUUUAUAGCUAUAUUUGAACAUCAGGGCUAACCACUGCUUAGUUGGAAGGGUUAGUGAUACUGUUCAUGCCUUUCCUAUCCAAGUCUGUUGGGCUAACUUACCUGCAAGCACCUCAGGGUCCCUGUGACUUUCUAGCUAUGUUCAUUUGCUUGAGGCUUUACUGAGUUUCCCUGGGAUGAGAUAAAGGCUGAAAAUCCUACCACAAUAAAUUCUGACUGAUCAGCUUACUAGCCUAUUUGUUAGCUAUGGGUAGUUUCCAGGAGAUAAGUCUAACUAUUGUAGAACCUGAAACUGAGUAUGACUGAAGUUUUAAAAAUUCUAAUGAGAAAUCAAGUACUAGUGGCUCAUGCCUGUAAUCCUAGCUAC